AUGCCGACUAAACGAGGGCAGGUCUGGUGCAGUCGAGGCUUGCCUCAGCGACGAAAAGGCCUUCCAGAGAAUCCUUUCAUGGUAUCCGCGGUCUUUGAAGACCUGCGGAACCGAUGGAGCAAGGAAGAGAUCCGGAAAGAGGUUGACGAUGAUAUCAGCUGCCUUGCCGAUACUGAUUACCCCUGGGCUGAGAUCACCGUCAUGGUACCGGGAGAAGCAGAUGUCGAGUGUGCCAGUGUGGCAAAACUUACCGGCUGUGCAGUGUUGACAGAUGAUUCGGAUCUCCUACUUCACGAUCUUGGCCAGCAUGGCGCGGUCUUGUUUUUAGACUCAGUGCAAACGUCCUCGGGCGUCUGGGAUCCAGCCGAACCCGAUAUUCGCGGGCUGAGAAUCUGUCCCCAUUCGCUUUCUGGUCGAUUGGGCAUCCCAAGCGUUCAGUGGUUUGCUUACGAGUUGCAAAGGAAUGUUCACAUGCGUUUUGCUGAACUUACCCGGAUAUCUCAGGAGAGCAGUAAGGCGACUGAGCUCUCCUCUGAAUAUCUGGAGUUUCUUCGAGAAUACCAACACGAGACCACAGAUAAUGAGGUGAUACGUGGAGCAAGGCAGUCAUUACAGCCGUUGGAUCCGAGGGUAUCGGAGUUAUUUUGGCAGUAUGAACUUCCUGGUAUCUACUGCUUGGACGAACAGCCGCACGUCUAUCUCGGCAUUCUGAACGAAGACUCUUCCAGGCGAUGUGCCUGGGAACAAGGUCGAACAUAUAGGUCCCUUGGGUACUCGUUCUUCAACAAUUCCCGUCCUGUUGCCAAUCGCUUCGCGGCUGUACAUGAAUUUGUCCGCAGAGGCGGAAGGAUCGUGGCCGAGGAGAUCACUUUAAGCGGAACAAAUACCGUGACCUCUGACCUGGAUCUCGUCCGGAAACGUCUUGCCACAGCACAUGCUGCCUUUGACGGCGGUCUGGCAGCGGAGAGCUUCUGGUAUUUGUUUGCUCUUUCCGAUAUCUAUCGUGAUGGAGCCGGCACAACCACAGUUCCGAGUGCGAAGCAAUUGGAGAGCUUUCUUACAAAGGGAUAUAUGGUACAGAGUACCAAAUGGACAGACAUUCACCUCCUUGCUCAAAUGCAGGCUGGACUGUACUCUUUACGAAUACUGAAGCAACUUCUCGAUAUCGCUGCUCCUGGUGAUAAAUUGGUUGAAUCCAGCUCACUACUCGCGGAUUUACCUCCACUACACAUAAUGAUGUCGCGACAGAGAAUGACCCAGAGCUUCGUCAACACUCGUCUUGUCCGGCAUGCGGUUCGUCAAAUGAUAGAAACAUAUGGUUAA